GUAUUCUCUCUGCCCUCUUGCCGAGUUUCAGUUGGUCUCAACAUGGCUGAUCUUCACACACCUGACAUCUACGACGUCCUGAUCGUCGGGGCCGGACCCUGCGGUCUGGCAGUGGCCUCACGUCUUUGCGAGCAUUCGCCUUCCGCUCUUUUCACCGAUGACGAGCAUCAGAGGUACCACUGGGUCAAGAAGCAUGGUCGACGCAUGGCUCUCAAGAACAGGCGGAAUGGACGUGUUUCCCAAAAGGCCAUGGCUCAUGACAAGGAGCCGCCCAAAUACUCAACCCUGGUCCUGGACGGCACUGGCGAUGAAUUCAUGAACCGCUGGAAGACACUGUUCACAGCUUUCGACAUCCACCACCUGCGUAGCCCCAUGUUCUGGCAUGUUGAUCCCAGUGACCGAGAUGCCUUGCUCGCCAUGGCCCAUAAUGAAGGUCGAGAGAACGAGCUGUUCGAGCUCAAGAACUGUGUCGGCAAGGAAGUGAGCAAACAUCUCAGAAGAUCACGGGCCAAGUGUCGCAACCCAUUGUGA